GCCGUACCAUUGUUGUUUAAACCUUGGUGCUGCUAUCUGUGGCGUUGAUUGGAUCAACGUCUGAAUAUGCAUCACAAACAAGCAUACAAGCACACAGCUCUGCUCCCAUCGACACUCGCUUUUUCCCUUCAAUCCGCGUAUCACUGCAAAAUAAAAGCAGCCACUCACUGAUUUCUGCAACCAAAUACCCAUUCCUAGUCCAUAACUCUCUGAUAAGAGAAACUCAUGCUGUCAUACACUCCCAAGUAGGUGUCUAUCUACCACACAAGGCUUCUUUCUUGAUACUGCCAGAUCUUUCUUUGUUUCUUCAUUUCUGCCGCAAUGGGGGACACGAGGAAGUACAUUUCACAGCAAGACCUUAGAAAGCAUAACAAAAGAGGAGAUCUAUGGAUCUCCAUACAGGGCAAGGUCUACGACGUCUCCGAUUGGGCAAAUCACCACCCAGGAGGUGAGCUUCCACUCUUCAAUCUCGCUGGCCAGGACGUCACUGACGCUUUCGUAGCUUACCAUCCCGCCACUGCAUGGCAAUACAUGGACAACUUGUUCACCGGAUAUUACCUCCAGGACUACUCCGUCUCCGAGGUAUCCAAGGAUUACCGGAGGCUUGUGUCGGAAUUCUCCAAGAUGGGUCUAUUCGAAAGCAAAGGUCACGGCGUGUUCUUCGCUCUCUCCUUCAUAGCAUUUCUGUUUUCCGUGAGCGUUUAUGGUGUCUUGUGCUGUACCAACCCGUGGGUUCACUUGGGUUGUGGUGGCUUAAUGGGGUUCUUGUGGAUUCAGAGUGGAUGGAUUGGACAUGACUCAGGGCAUUAUCAGAUAAUGUCAAGCAAGGGUUUCAAUCGUUUUGCCCAGAUCCUUACUGGGAAUUGCCUCGCAGGGAUCAGUAUUGGGUGGUGGAAGUGGGACCACAAUGCCCAUCACAUUGCCUGUAAUAGUCUUGAUUUCGAUCCUGACCUUCAGCAUAUGCCAUUGUUUGCAGUGUCUUCCAAAUUUUUCGAUUCGCUUACUUCGCAUUUCUACGAGAGAAAGUUGAAUUUUGAUUCUGUGGCCAGAUUCUUGGUUAGCUAUCAGCAUUGGACAUUUUAUCCUGUAAUGUGCUUUGCUAGAUUGAACUUGUUCGCCCAAUCAUUCGUCUUACUCUUAUCCAAGAGGAAGGUACCCUACAGAGGGCAGGAGAUUCUGGGGCUGCUUGUUUUCUGGAUAUGGUAUCCCAUACUGGUUUCUUGCUUACCCAAUUGGGGUGAAAGAAUAAUGUUCGUCAUUGCUAGCUUCUGUGUCACGGGAAUACAACACGUUCAGUUCUGCUUGAAUCAUUUCUCGUCCAGUGUAUAUAUGGGGCCACCAAGCUCCAGAGAUUGGUUUGAGAAGCAGACUGGUGGGACGCUGGAUGUUAAGUGUUCACCUUGGAUGGACUGGUUUCAUGGUGGAUUACAAUUUCAGGUGGAGCACCAUCUGUUUCCGAGGCUGCCCAGAUGUCAGUUGAGGAAAAUCUCGCCUUUGGUUAAGGAACUCUGCAAAAGGCACAAUUUGCCAUACAACUGCGUCUCCUUCUGGAAAGCCAAUGCACUAACAAUUCAGACACUGAGGAAUGCAGCCUUGGAGGCUCGCAAUCCAUCUAACCCUAUUCCGAAAAAUUUAGUUUGGGAAGCUGUCAAUACCCAUGGAUGAAUUUAAUGGAAUCACUGCAAAACAUUUCACCUGCAGGUGGCACUCAUGUGUUUUGCUUCUCCACUUUCAUGCUUCAUUUACUGUCAGUUUUGGUAUACUUAUGUAAUUAUGUUGCCGUGGAUCUCUCUGAAUAAUCGAUUGUGAUGUGUUUGGCUUUGCGUCCAAGGUUCAUUUCAUUUUCAAUGAGACACCAAGGGAUGUAAUAUCUGUUACAUUCAAAUUCACUGAAAGAUAUUCUAUUUGCUGGUUU